AUGGCUUUUGCCGGUCAAACGCGGUCAACACUUGGCGUCUAUUUUGAGCGCCGACUCCUAGUGGGCGCCUAUUUUGACCGAACCGUACAGUUUGUGCCCAAUGGUAGUGAUUGGGCUGAAAACAUCCACAACAAACACUAUGUCGACAAUUGUAUCGCAUUUACCGAUCAAUUCCUAUUCGGGAGAGAAGCUAAAGAAUAUUUGACAGCAAACAGUUUGGACACCGAGUUUGAUGUGAAAGACCUGUUGGCUAGGGAUCGGGUGGACGGCGACCAACUCAAGCGAUACCCGUUUGAGUGGUGCUUUGACUCACCGCCAAAAGUUCAUCUAAAGCCUCCCGCACUUAAUGGUCAGAACAAUUGUAUGAUCGUUGAGACACUUGUGGCGCUACAGGUGUUGGACAUUAAACACAGGGCCGAGACUGCGAUGAAAACACCCGCACAGAGGGCUGUGUUCUGUGUGCCCACACGUUAUAACACUAAACAGAGGCGCGCGAUGUUAGACGUGGGCCUAAUCGCAGGCUUUGAUGGAAACAAUGUCCAUAUUGUCAAUGAAAUGACUGCCGCAGUUAUCGCCUACGUUAUGGACACUCGCCGUAAAUUAAUUUUUUCAGAGAUUGUCAUAAUAUUUGCAAUUCAUGACAAUCACUGCGAGUGCGGACUCAUUGAAGUGGACAACAAUUGCAUUAAACACCUAUCCUAUGGAGUUGUGGACGAUGUCAAUGGUUUUACUCACUUCAUUGACCGCACUUUAUGGCUAAGACGUGUUGACAAACGUGACUUAAGCCGAGUUGUGGUGAUCGGCCAUUCGGACAAAAUAUUCGACUUUAAGGAAGUGAUUAAAGCCGAAAUCGCCGCAGACUUUGCGACCAAACAGAACAUACUGUAUGCGUGCGAUCCCAUAGACGUGAUAGUAAAGGGAGCCGUAUAUUACGGGCAAAUGUUGGACAAAAAGUUGGACACUAUAGAUGUGCGCGAGAUUAUAAGGGCAGACAUCAAACUGUUGAUCCAGAAGAAUAACGACAAGCCAUUUGUUGAGACUUUGAUCCCUAUGAACCCCAACCCCAACCAAUAUGAACAACUAAAUGAGAUUAAGGUCAUUAUAAAUCGCAAAAGUUUUCCCAUUAAACUGUGUCAGAUGGAGGGCGACACAGUUGUCAAAACUUUGAUGGUGAAUGACAAACCGAGCAAGUAUUUCAAAUUCGCCGAAUCAGUGAACCCGUUGACUAGACUGAUCGUCCGGUACCGUAUGGAUCGGGACUCACUUGGCGUGUGUUUGAAUGCCACGUUGAAGACCACAUAUGGCUCGGAGUCUGACGUAGACCUCGACAAAGUCGACGAAUACGGUCUCAGUUAUCAGUGUAUUACCGGUCAGCGAAGUAUAUUACGUGAAUUGGGUGUUUUUAGUGCACCCAAUAUAUCGGUCAAUAAUUGGCACCAAUCAGUGACCGCGAGAGUCCAAUCUGUUGGCUCGGCAUCACUAACCCCGGGGCCAUCCCGUGUGGCCUCAGUUCCCAAUGCGAUAUCCGCGCCACCGAUGGCGGCGGCCGUCGCCGCCGAUGCCGUACAAGAGUUUAGCCAAUUGUGCGCCGAUAUUAGGGUCCGUCUCGAGACGUGCGGUGCGAUUGCGACCAAAAGGCGGAAAAUUGCCGAAAAACUCUUGGAUUGCGAGAAAUGUUUCAAAACUGAUGCCAAGAAAUUGGAGGAACAAAAACAGCAAUUAUUCCGAUUGAUUGAUGGCUACAAUUUGAGAGACAAACUGAUCACGAACUAA